GUCUGGGCUGCGCCUCGCCGCCCGGCUGCAAACUUUGCCGUCGCUUGAAGUUGCGGAGCUCUGGAGCGCUCGGAGCACUUCGUUCCCUGCCGCGCCGGAUGCCAUGAGCUGCUAAAAGGGAGCCUGGCUUUUCAGCUGCCGUGGGGUGCGGCGUGGGGGGCACAGAGCCAUGUCGGACCUACUACUACUGGAGCUCAUUGGGGGCCUGACUCUGCUGCUGCUGCUGACGCUGCUGGUCUUUGCCAGGUACUCAGGGCUGCUGGCUGGGGUGACAGUGAGUGCUGGCUCACCCCCCAUCCGCAAUGUCACUGUGGCCUACAAGUUCCACAUGGGGCCCUACAGCGAGACGGGGCGGCUUUUCACCGAGAGCUGCAGUGUCUGCCCCAGGCUCCGCUCCAUUGCCGUCUACUAUGACAACCCACACAUGGUGCCGCCUGAGAAGCGCCGCUGUGCCGUGGGCAGCAUUCUGAGCGAAGGCGAGGGGGCGCCCUCCUCUGAGCUCCUCCAGCUCUACCAGAGAUUUGGCUUCAAGGUGUUCUCCUUCCCAGCACCCAGCCACGUGGUGACAGCCACCUUCCCCUACACCACGGCCCUGUCCAUCUGGCUGGCUGCCCGCCGUGUCCAUCCUGCCCUGGACGCGUACAUCAAGGAGCGGAAGCUGUGUGCCCACCCUCGGCUGGAGAUCUACCAGCAAGACCAGAUCUACUUCAUGUGCCCGCUGGCGCGGCAGGGAGAUUUCUACGUGCCUGAGGCGAAGGAGGCAGAGCGGAAAAGCCGGGGGCCUGCAGACGCCAGCGACACCCAAGUGGACGGCACAGGAGCUGACACGCUGAGCGACACGAGUUCCGUGAGCCUGGAGGUGGGCCCUGGCAGUCGGGAGACGUCAGCGGCCACACUGUCGCCUGGGGUGAACAGCCGCGGCUGGGACGACAGUGACACCCGCAGUGAGCACAGCUACAGCGAGUCCGGCGCCAGUGGCUCCUCUUUUGAGGAGCUGGACCUGGAGGGCGAGGGACCCCUGGGGGAGCCAAGGCUGAGUCCUGAGGCUGAGCCCCUGGGGGCUCCCAAGUGGCCCCGGGAGCUCAGUACCCCGGAGAAGGGCGAGGAGUAACCCGUGGCCCACGUCCUCCUGUGGUGCAGUCACUGAGGAACUGACAGACCGCAGCCCUCCCCCUGCGAGCCCAGACCAGGCCAUGGUCUCGGGGGACCUGCCUCUGACCCCGACCUCCAGCUAAGCCCUCUUCUCACUCCCCUCUGGGCUCCCAGGGCCAGGGGGCAGGGGCUGCUCUCCGCCCGCCCGGACUGCUGCUCUGCUACAGCUUUUCAGAUUCACAUUGGAGCUUCCGGGAACCAGAAUAAAACGAAAUAUUUUAUUGUUUCACCUGGAUGUGGGCUGUGCAUUUGUUUGUUCUGCCUCA